AUGUCCCUAUGUUCGUACGGUGCAAUGGUCAGAAGAUACGAAAGAAUGAGCGGACGCCAGUCCUGGAAUGAAGAUGACAUGGCGAAGGCUGUAGCCGCUGUGGUGUCAGGUAAGAUGGGAUACAAACUGGCUGCCAGGACAUUUCACAUACCUCGCUCCACUCUGCAAAGACGCGCCAGUAAGAUAAGGUACCAGCAGCCAGACGAUCCCAAGCCAUUAAUGGGUCAUUACCGAAGAGUCUUCACGGAUAGUCAAGAAAAAGACUUGGUUGGUUACAUCAAGAGUAUGGAAAAGUAUUUCAUGGGUGUCUCCAGGAGGGACAUUCGGGAAUUAGCGUAUCAAUAUGCAGAAGAUAACAAUCUGAAUCAUCCAUUUGACGCCAACACUAGAAUGGCAGGCGAAGACUGGGUAAGGAAUUUUCUGAAGAGGAAUCCAGAACUGCUCGACAAGUCAGAUCACGAAUGUGGCUUGGAGCCCGUGAACUUUGAUCAGUUCUACCACUUUAUGUGUCAGUUGUCAUGAUGAAACGUAUUUUAGUACGAUAAAACUAAAACUAGUUGUAAGUAAAAAGGUCAAGUUCGCCCCCGAGAGAGCCUCAAUAUUAAUGUAUGAUAUAUUAUGUGAAUCCAACCUGUGUAUACUACAAGCCCACUCUUGCAAUCAAUAUUAUGAAUAUGUUGGACACGGUUGCUCAACAACACACAUUCGUAUUCUAAAAAUGUUAACCACACGAAGACUUAAGGCGUUUUGUACUCACGAGUUGGAACAUUAAGUACAGUAAGACUUUUUGGAAACGUUUUAAUAUUUAUAAUAACAAAACUGUAGCAAAAGUAGUUAAAAGGAGCCAAGCUCAAAAUAUGCGAUGUUACCUUUGAUAUUUUUCUUUAUUCGGUUAGAUAAUAUAAUUUUGUUAAUCUUCGGGGCCGUAGCGCGAGAUGCGGGCAGAGGCUACUAUGCCCUCGCACCGUCGUCAGAGUCGCGGUCCUGUACUUAUUAAGUACUUACGAAGUCUAUAGUUGUAUCUGAUUUAUAGUUUAAAUUUUGUUAUUUAAUGGUACUAAAAUAUAACUUGCUAAAUUAAGGGCUGUGAUAACAGAGAAAGGUGUAUUUUUAUGGAACAUAUCUAUUGAGGUGAUGUAUCUAUUUACAAAGAAGGUUUCUGAUAUUUAAAUUUAGUAUUGCUUAUUACAAUUGUUUACUAUAAAUGCUGAGUAGUGCUAAUGUAGUAACAUUAGCAAAAUGUUCCGUAACAUUAUUUGUACCGGCAAGGUGCAGCGCAGCGGUGCUCUGAUUAGCAAUAUUUCCUUCGUGUGCAAUAUUUCAACUGACUACUUUAUAGGUAUAUAAACCUAUGCUUCGCAUCACACAAGAUAGGUUUAAUAACAUGUUUCAGCGUACAUAAAGCAACGCAUUCAUAAAUUGCAAUUCACACACACCUGCGUGUAGAUUUUUGUGCGUAUACGUACUAACGAACGAAAAAGUUACCUAGCUAGGCAGUACAUGAAAA